AUGGAUCAGCUAGUAGCCACGGCGAAUCCACUUGCAGAUUUCGAGGAAGCCUUGAGAGUGAUUAAAGUCGAUGAAAAUCACUAUGUGGGCGCACAUCCGUUGCGUUUGCCGGUUCCUGGGUCUAGAGGCGUUUAUGGCGGACACAUGAUUGCCCAGUCGCUUCUAGUUGGCAUUGAAUCGACACGAUCGCCCUCAGAUGCCGACAAAGUCAUGAUCCCCGACUCGUACCACUCGUUUUUCAUCAACGCGGGCAACGCCAGAGUGCCCAUGGAGUACACCGUGACCAAGUUGUAUGACGACGAAUUUGUCAGCAGGAGAUACAUCUUGGUGUCGCAGCGGGGCAAGAACCGGCUUACGUGCUUGAUCACGUUGAGGAAAACGGGCACCAAGAGCAUCCAUUCCUACGACGAGUCCAUGCCUCCGCCUCCAUUGCAAUCGAAAUACCCCGACCGCAACAAGUUGCACCAGGUGCAACACACCGACUUUGUGAGAAAUGCAUUUGGAGAAGAGUUUUUGAAUUACAAACUAUGUCCCGAGGAGAAAAACUUGCCCUUUGCCGACCGAUGGGUCACGGUGUUCUCGGGGUUGGUGAAUGAGCCGGAACCUGGCACCCAGCGAGAAACAGUGACUGAGAUGUACCCCGAUGCCCUCGGUGAAGUGCACGAGAUUAAAAAAUUGAUCCUACGGCCCAAGAACUCGAGGUCGGUCAAGGAUCCUAUAUACAACUAUGUGGGCUUGGCCGACAUUUCAGACUCUGCCUUCAUAACCACAAUUGUGCGUGUUUUGCAUUUGCCAUGGGCACCGUCGCUAGAACGAGACGAGACCUACGACGCUGCUUCCGACGCCACCUACAUCACAAGAGCUAACCUUAAUGCGAUGCAUAUCUUCCACUACAAUGCAAUGUCCUUGGAUCACCACAUAUAUUUCCACAACAAUGAAUACGAGCCCACCGACGGGUCCGCUUUCGACAUUUGCAAAGACUGGUUGGCGUUUACCUAUCAAAUGAAACGUUUGAGCAACAACAGGUUAGUAGCUCGUGGGUUCAUGUACAACGAAAACAAGAAAUGCGUAGCAACGAUUAUCCAGGAAGGAUUGACUAUUUUGAGAGCAGGGGUAGCCACCACCGCCAACCAGGCACAUCUAUAA